GCACGAACAGUUCGGUCGCGUAUCGAAUUUUUGUACCGAUUAAGUGAAACAUAAUACACUUGAAACGUAAUAUUAAUAAACUGCGCGCGUUCUAUUUGAAUAAAGACGGUAGAAAUGCAGUGAAAUACAUUUUACCAGUGCAUUAAUUAAUAAAAAAGUCAACAAAAUGGCAAAGGAAAUGAUGAUAGUAUUUGUGUACGACACACAAUGUUGUACAGCUGAAGAGGAUGAUCCCAUAAAUGCUGUGCUGUAUUUCCACCCAGGAUGGGUGUCUGACACUCAAAGACAUGCUCUAGCAGGACAGGUGGUCGGAGCAGCUCAUUGCGUCAAAACGUUGCUAUCUCCGCCGGUUUCAAUCACCCUGCAGAGCGGAAAGUUCAUCAUCAGAGAAUACGGAAGAUACGUAUUGGCGAUAGGCAGCGACCGAAACAUCCCAGAUUGGGUGUUGAAGAAUCGCGCCAACCUCCUGACCUCGAUGAUCAAAGUGUACCACGGCGACCUGCAGUGCUUGGCCCAGCAGAUGGAAGACCAGAAACGGCUCGCCGAGAAACUGUACCAAGUUUUCGAGACUUACCUACCGGUUCUUCAGUACGGAUGCCACAUAUUCCAGAGGGUUCCAAUGCUCAGUCUCCCGAAGAGCGCCACGUCCACUUACAUGGAGUCGAUGCAGAUACUGGAACAUUGUCGCAAAAGUACCGGUGUCCUCGGCGGCGUAAUACUUUACAAUAACAAGAUCAUAGCCACACAGCUGCCCCCGGGUCUGACGUCAUACCUCACCGUGGUCGACCCCUACCGGAUAAAGUCCCCGGCUGAGACUCUCGAAACCGAGGCUCCCCUGCCACUGGGGGCUCAGCUCCUCGUCGUGUACGUCAGGAGGAAGCUGUAUGACAACCUCAAGAGACAGGCUGAUAAAUUGCAAGAGUUUUAUCAAAACGGAGAAGAAAUUAUUGCCAGGUUCAAAAAGAAUCAAGAAGCGGAACGCGAAAGGCAACGUGAGUUCCCCCAGACGGGAAUGAAGAGAGACAAGUCGUUACUGUUCACCGCCGUCCCGGAGGAAGACCACACAAUGAUCUCUCCGCCGAAUCGAGAAGAGAUCCCCACCGCUGAACACCGCAAGGCCAGCGUGCCCGACGUGGUCCCGUUCACGAACAAGCCCCGUCCCAGGCCCAACAAGCUCUCGCUGAGCUUCAAGACCCAACAGUCUCUCGACGAAGACGCCAAAGAGAACGAUAAAGUUUUCACGGGACAAACCAGCGUGUGCUCCACGCCGAUGCUGGAGUACAAGCGCCUCCACGGGAACAUGCUCUCUAUCUGCCAGAACCCGGACACGAACCACCAGGAGAAGCCGAUUGAGCCGGACGUGUUGAAGAACAUCGAGAACUGCGCGAAGAUCAACUUCGACAACGAGAAGCGCGACAACCAAAUCGUUCUGGACAUGAACUGCAUCGCGGACCACUACAUCAACAAGCCGCAGCCCAUCCGCAAGCCGGCCAGCGUCACGGACAUACAGAGCCUCCCCCAGAGAGCCGCGUCCAAGUUCAAGCUGACAAAGUCCCACAACCCCCCGGACGACGACACCCCGUCUCCGGACGUCGACUCGCUGAAGAGCCAGUGCACCAUGACGAUAACCGAUCCGUCCUUCCCGGUGUUCAGGAACGACGGCGUCGCCAUAUCGGAGUCGCUCUUCAACCAGUACGUGGAACAGUAUUAUUCGAGAAUGAAGCAGGACUCGAAGGAGCCGAACAUGUUUUCGUUCAACACGAAGCUGUGCGAGCAGGACAGGUUCGACGACUUCGAUUCGGAACUACACAGGUCUCCGCAGAGGACGCCCAAGAAAUUCGCUAAGGAUCCCGCCAAAUCACUCUCCACAGACCAUUCCAGAAGGAAAUCUCUCUCGCUGCCGCUGAAGUCGCUAUCCGAAAGUUCGGAUUCUCAAAUCGGCUCGGACUCUGAAGCGACUAGUUUCAAGAAGAAACUCACCGGCGUCCAACUCACUCCCCUGAUGGAGAAACUGAGUCAUCUAGCAUUCUCUGACAAGUCAAGCGGAUACAGCAGCAGAGUCAUGACGCCUUUAGAACUGAGAGAAUUCUCCACUCCGGCCGCAGAAAGGCAGAUCACGUUUUGUGAUAGGCCAAAGACUCAACGCGUCGAGUGUGAUAGCGACGAAGAUGACGACCUGGACAUUUUGCCGGAGUACAGCUCGCAUGCCGUUAAGUGCGCCCUGUUCGUUAGUGGACUGCAGAACAUGGCGCUGCUGGCGUUACUGGACAUUGAGGCCGCGAAUGAUGCCGAUACUAUCAAUUCACUGUGGGAAACAUCCCUGAACGCGUUGGGCCCUAUCGAACAGAAGUGCAUGGAGCCGCUUGGAGCGGGCGGCGAGACUUCAGAUUACAGCUACCUGCUGUUAGAUCCAGACUGGGGAACUGUCAAUAAAGGAGGCCCGUGGGCAGCAACAGACAUCGCCACUAUGGGCCUCAUACACAAUGACUUCUCAGACGAUCCUGAACUCUCCGAACUAAUACUAAGGAGCGACGAGAGCGUGGUGGUGGGCGCCAGCAGCGGCGGCGCGGAGGUGUACUACUGCGAGCGGGGCCCGCGCGACGCCGGCCCGCCCCCGCCCUCCGACGCGCUGGCGGCCGCCCCGCUGCGGGCGCGGCGCCGCCUGCACCGGGACCACGCCACGCUGCUGCUCUAACGCGCCGCACGUACAAUGCAGCUCACACUUUUGCGGUAGGCAGCGGCUUGGCUCUACCCCUGCUGAAGUCCAUGGGCGACGGUAAACGCUCACCAUCAGGUGGGCCGUGUGCUCGUCUGCCUACAAGGGGAAUUAAAAAAAACGUGAUCUCCAAACAUCACCCUCAUAAGAAAUUGAUAAAACAACUCCCGUCAGCAUUGAGAAAAAUGAGUACAUCAUAAGCAGCGUUGUGUCGGGAUCAGACAAUACUUUUAUCACUUCAAAAAUGAAUACGAAUUUAGGUAUUGAAGUAUUAUUCUCUAGGCGUCAUAGAACCUGGGUAAUCACUCUACUGAAUUAAUGGAACCCAGACAGCUAACACCACUCUGCACCACUAGAUUAUAAAACAUACCAACAGUAGUAAAUGCAAAUCAUAAGCAAUAGUGACCAGUUAUAUAGCAAACCAUUGGAAUAAGUUAGUUACUAAACACCGUGAUUUACAUAAUUACAUAUAUGAACCCAAUAAAAAAACUCGGGGCCUCCAAUUAACCUUGUAACAUUCUAUACCAACACAACAGUAAUAAUUUAGGGCACUUUAAA